AUGCUGCGGAAAAGCAAAGUAGAUGAAAAAGGAGACGGGGAAAGUGAUGAAAGAUUCUGGGACACGAUGCUGAAAGCUGACAGGAACGACUACGAGCGCAUCUGUAAUGAGUUUGGUGUUACAGACAUACAUUCGGUUCUGAAGAAGCUGAAAGAGAGGAAGGAGAGGGUGCAAAAGAAGAGUAAGGAUGGCGUGAUUCCCUAUAAUGAAGAUGCUACAGAGAAACCCAGCCUUAAGGGUGCUGAGAGGACAAAUGGUUUUAAUGCAAACGGCCCAAUGCAGAAGGGCACAGGGCUCCAACAGGUGGACGGACAGGUCUACCUUUCAGACAGAGGACUGAGUCUCGUCGACGGACAGGUCUACCUUUCCAACACAGGACUGAGUCUAGCGGAUGGACGGGUCUACCUUUCCCAAACAAUAAAUAAUCUGGUGGAUGAAGAGGUCAAGCUUCUCUAUUCAGAGUUCACACUUUCCAAUGUGGACUUUGUUAUAAAAAUUCAGGAGCUUAAAGUUCAAGAAAGAGAAGAUGCCCUCUUUGCGUGUGUCCUGACUCACCCACUGCCCAGGAUCUCAUGGAUGGGCAAAGGCAGCGCCCUGCAGGACGGAGAGAAAUACAACAUCAGCGUGUCGGACCAUAAACUGAUCCACCGGCUGCUGAUCAGAGACUGCAGCCAGCAGGACAGCGGCAUCUACUCAGCUGUGGCCGGCAUUACGUCCUGCAGUGCCUGGCUGGUUGUUCAAGCUGAGGGUGACCCUGCAUCUGCUGAGAGAGCCAGUAAAACCACCUUGGCUGGAGGAGCACCAAUCGACCUUGAGAAAGUGGCCAGAGAGCAACAAAUUAAAAACCAAGAGGAGGUGGAGAAGAUUUUAGCAGCCGUGAAAGCAAAACACGGAGAAGGAGCCCUGAAAGGAGGAAGGAUAUUAACAACUGGAAGAGACGGCGAAAUAACUACGAUCAAUGGACUGGGUCAGAACAGCAGAGCAGGAACUGAAGAGCAUAAUGCCACAACCACCAGUGCUCUGUCUGAGCCAAAAAGGAAAGGGCACAAAGGGAAGGCAAAGAAAAAGAAAUCAAGGAGAGAUACAGCCGAAACAACAUUAGAUGCUUCAGGGGGUGAAACACGAGAAGGAACCCAACUGAUAGAUGGCCCCAAGAAAAAGAAACACAGCAGAUCUGGUCAAGCGGAUUUUGACAAGGUAACAGACCAAGAUCCAAAUGGAUUAGGAAAUAACGACAAAACAACAGAUAAUGAAGCAAUUGGCGAUGAUGCAGAAAUUGACGAUUCAGAAAGUAACGAUUCAGAAAGUAACGAUUCAGAAAGUAACGAUUCAGAAAGCUACGACUCUGAAAGUUACGACUCUGAAAGUUACGACUCUGAAAGUUGCGAUGCUAAAAGUGACAAUGCAAGAAGUGGCAAUGCAAGAAGAGACCAUUCAAGAAGUGGCAAUGCAAGAAGAGAUGAUGCAGAAGAAGACAAUGCAGAGAGCAACAUUGAUGGGAAUAACAACGCCUCCGUUCAGCUCAAGCAUUCAAGGCGUUCAAAGCGAAGCAAACGGCAAAAGAAAUCCAUCAAUGGUCUGAGUACAUGUCCUGAAGGCCUCAAUGAGAGGGAAGAAACUGAAGGUGGAAAUGGCACUGCCAAACGUUCAAGGCGUAAAAGAAAAGGCCCACUGAUAGAAGACGUGGUGAUUGAUCCAGGGGUUCAUUUCAUCUGUGGUUUGUCUGAUGUCAAUGCCAUCAUCAAUGAGACUGCUGAGCUAACAUGUAAGCUCAGCAGUGAGGACUGUGAGGGAGCCUGGUUCAGAGACGAGAAAAAGAUAUCUCCAGAUGACAAUUUCAGUGUCAUUAAAGAUGGUACGAUCCAUAAAUUAGUCAUAAUCAGGUGCGAGGAAGAGCACACUGGGAAAUACCGCUUUGAGGCAGACCAUCGUAAAACAGAGGCUAUGAUCAACGUUAAAGAUCCCCCAAGGUUUGACCCUGAAGACCUCGAGGCUUUUACUGAGCCUGUGACGGUGAAAGUGGGGCACAAUGCAAUCUUCAAACUGCAAUUUGUUGGCCACGAACCCAUCAAGAUUAAGUGGUACAAAGAGGGAGAAGAGCUUCUAGAUGACAACACCACAAAGAUAGAGAAAUCUGCAAGUCACAGCCGCUUGCUGCUGAGCAGGUGCCAGAGGAAGGACACGGGAGAGAUCAAGAUUAAGCUCAAGAACGAACACGGCUUCAUCGAGGCAAUUUCCCAGUUAAUUGUUCUCGACAAACCCACUCCCCCCCUGGGCCCUGCAGAGGUAACAGAGAGCUCAGCUAAAUGUAUUGCGUUUAGGUGGAGGCCUCCAAAGGAUGUUGGAGGUUCACCAGUGACCAACUACAUAAUGGAGCGACAGCAGGUGGGACGAAACACAUGGAAGAAAUUAGCGGAAAUCCCUGGGGUGGUCAGCUACUGUGACACAGAUGUAGACCAUGGACGGAAAUAUUGUUACCGUAUCCGGGCAGUGACGGCAGAGGGUACAAGUGAAGUGAUGGAGACUGAUGAAAUGCAAGCCGGCACACUAGCUUUUCCUGGCCCUCCAGCGCCUCCAAAGGUGGUCAGUGCCUCUGACGACUGCAUUAAUAUUUCUUGGGCUGCCCCAAAUAAAACAGGAGGCUCGCGUAUCCUGGGCUAUAUUUUGGAGAAACGCAAAAAAGGGAGUAAUCUCUGGACUGUUGUCAAUGCCAUGGAUGAAUUUAUAAAAGAAAAGAAAUAUGCAGUGAAAGAUGUCGUGGUAGGGAUGGAGUAUGAAUUCAGAGUCUCUGCCAUAAACCUUUCUGGAGUUGGAGAAUACAGCAACGCAUCGAGCUUUGUUUUUGCACGGGAUCCAAAGGAGCCUCCUGGUAAAGUGAUAGGCCUGAAGGUGACAGAGACUUCUUACAUCCACUUUGUCCUGACCUGGACCAAACCUGAGGAUAAACCUGGGGAACAGGAUGAAGCAAAGGGAUAUUUUGUUGAGAUUCGUCCUGCAGAUUGCAUUGAAUGGUCCCGCUGUAAUACCACCCUCAUCAUCACCACUUCCUUCAGUGUGAAAGGCCUCAAGCACAUGGAGAUGUACUGGGUGAGAGUGAUUGCGUUUAAUGAUGGAGGAAAUGGUGCAGCAGAGGAGCUGCCCAACUAUGUCCUCGCAAUGCCAUCACCUGUGAGGCCAAAGUUCACGAACCACAAAAUGAAGAGUUUCAUGGUGGUGAAGGCGGGGAACUCUGUCAGGAUCACAGUGCACUUUGAGGCCUCUCCACGCCCGACUAUUACAUGGGUGAAGGACAAUGUGCCAGUGUCAAAGAGAGUUACAGUCAGUAACUCUGACGGCUCGUCCCAGCUGCUGAUCCCUUCCUCUGAGCGCUCUGAUUCUGGCAUCUACUCCAUUCUGGUGAAAAAUAUGGCAGGACAGGAGACAUUCAGUACAGAGGUCAGGGUCACAGAUGAUCCGAAGCCCCCUGGUACGGUAGAGAUGGAUGAAAAUGUGCCCGGCACAGUGACAGUGAUGUGGGAACCGUCUCCUGAUGAGAAGCGUGAUGACCGCCUCCACUACACAGUGUCAAAACUGGACUCCACUAAACGCACAUGGACCAUAGUGGCUGACAGACUCUUCAAUAACAGGUUCACAGUAUGCAACAUCAUGCACGGGAGGGAAUAUCAUUUCCGGGUGUAUGCCAAAAACGACAUGGGCAUCUCUGCACCGUCAGAGUCACCAACCUGUAGGAGGGAGAAGAAGAAAGAGAAAUUCAUGGUGUAUAUACCGACCAUUAAGGACUGUGAUUUGCGAUGUGCUCCAACCUUCAUUGUACCGUUGAAGUUUCACACUGCACCAAAAGGCUAUGAGUGCUACAUGAGCUGUGCAGUGAAGGGAAACCCCCCACCUCGUAUCACCUGGUAUCGGAAUCACAUCAGCCUGAACACUAAUACCAACUAUUACAUCUCCAACACGUGUGGAGUUUGCUCCAUGUGUAUUCUCCGUGUAAGCCCCAAAGACAUGGGGGAGUACACCAUCUCUGCAGAGAACGCCCUGGGACGGGAUGAGUGCUCCACCACCCUCAGUGUCAGAGAGUGAAGACACUAAAGGCCCCACAAUAUGAGCA